UAAAUUUGUUGUGUUUCAGUUCAUUCCUGGCACCAAAACAGCAGGUGGAAAAGAGGCAGUGGAGGCAAGUGGCCAGAUGUCUAGUCUGGGGAAGUGUUAGAGGACAGAAAAAAAGGAAACAAGAUUUGUUUCGACACAGACAUCAGGUACCUCUGGUUUCACGGCCCUGUUCGACAUGCAAGUUUCCGGAAGCGGGCCUCUGCUGCUGCUUUUACUUCCUCAUUUCUUGCUUCACUAUGAUCACUCGUUGGCUUUUUCACUUAAAAACUGCGUGAUCCUCUAUUCUGAAAACACUGAUGCCAAUGUCUGGGUCACAUGCAAUGACCACGACCUUGCCACUAUCCCAGAUGACAUUCCCAGAGACGUGACAUCACUAGAUCUCGCCACGAAUCAUAUUCUCAACAUCGCCCGUACUGAUUUAACGGGUUUACGAAAACUUAAAUCGGUACAACUUCAUUACAAUUUGAUUUCGCACGUUGAUGAUGGAGCUUUUGUGGACUUGGUAGAGUUAAGUUAUCUCGUCUUGGAUGAGAAUAAACUCACAAAUCUAACAGACAACAUGUUUUAUGGUCUGUCCAAAUUAAGGAUGCUGUCUCUGUCCACAAACCAGAUCUCAUUUAUCUCCCCUGUGGCAUUUCAGUCACUGGUCAGUUUGGAAGAGGUGAACCUAGGGUCUAACCACUUACAUCAAGCAACAGACAUUGCUCCUAUCUUAAAUCUACCAUUUAUAAAAUAUUUAUAUAUUGGGUAUAACAGGUUUACCUCUUUUCAAUCAGGCGACUUGCUUUUAAAUGCCUCAAACCUCAGAAGCCUAUCGCUAAGUCUGAACCCACUGAGAAAGUUCAGCGUUACAAGAGACGUCUUUCCUCAUCUGAAUACUCUCGACUUCUCAAUGUGCAGCACUGACAUUGAGUGGGAUGUAGCAAACAAGACCUUUCUGAGGAGUCUAACUACUUUGUUCUUUAGCGGGAGUUACGUUAGCUUCGAGUCGUACAGGGCGAUGUUGCAAACUGCGGACUCGCUACACGAACUUAUUCUCUACUCCAUUAAGAAAAGAAUAGACGAGGGUCUCUUGGAUGUCGCCUGCAAAAUUCCUUCCCUAAGAUCUCUUGAGGUAACGUUUUGUGAACUCGUGACCAUUGACAACGUCAUGCUGCGGCCUUGCUCUCGGCUGACCAAGCUAAGUCUAUCCGGUAAUCAGCUGUCGGGGAUGUCGGAACACGCACUCCAAUCGAUGACGAAGCUCACGACUCUAGACUUGAGCAUCAAUCAUCUGACUAAAGUGCCAGUUACACUCAGAGGACUCUCCAGUCUGGAGGUUCUGGACGCGAGCUCUAACUUAAUCAGCGAGCUCGACUGCCUCGAUUUCCAGAAUCUGACAAGACUGACGAACCUUAGUUUGAAACACAAUCACAUCUUCAGCCUCGGAACCUGUGUCUUCCAGAAUCUCAACAUCUUGAAAAGCCUUGAUAUUGGACAGAAUUUCAUAUUUACAUUUGAGAAUACCUUCAGAGUUAAUUUACGGCAACUGCAAUCUUUGAAUUUACGCAGCAAUGGUCACUUAGACCUCAAGAGAGGAGAUUUUGGGAGUCUGUCUUCACUCCGUAUUUUGGAUUUAGAUUCAGACACAUAUUAUAUUGUUCAUGAUGGGGCUUUCGAAGGUCUCGAUAAUCUCCAAACCCUUAGCAUGUCACUUGAUAGAUACACAAAAGAGACUUUUAGUGGACUACAACAUCUAGAGGCUCUGAACUUACGUCUUACGUUUAAAUGGAGCCAGAACAGUUCCCGGCAAAACUCUGAGCCACCUUUCUCAAAUUUACCCAACCUGAAGAGGCUGAUGCUCAGAGUUUUUGACACAUACCGCAGUGAUAUCCCACUAGAUCUGCUCAGCGGUCUGAAAUCUUUAGAGUAUUUAAUGACUCAGAAGUUCUUCACAAGGUCCUUGCACCCAGACACAUUUAAACACACUCCCUGCCUGAAAGGCCUCCAGAUAAUCAACAGCCAACUAUCCAGUUUACUACCUGAGCUGUUCCGGCCAAUCCCAAACCUGAAGGAGCUCGACCUGUCCCACAACAAAUUCAAGUCUUUGGAUUUCCUGGCUCAGACCACGUUGCUAGCACUCAGCUGGCUGAAACUUAGCGACAAUAAGCUGUCAAUCGUCAAUGAGUCGGUUUUCCACUCCCUCCCUGCCUUGACGUACCUGGAUCUGAGUGAAAACCCUUUAGCAUGCGAAUGCUCUAAUUCUGGCCUUAACCAGUGGGUUCAGAGCAACAACCAAACACAGGCCGUCAAUGGUCACCAGUAUACUUGCACUUCCCCGGUGAGCCAACAGGGGGCCAAGUUCCUAGACUUUGAUGUCCACUUUUGCUGGGUUGACGCCAGCUUCUUAUGCUUCAUUUCCAGUACUUGUCUGAUUGUCGUCACCCUCCUUGCGUCCUUCACCUACCACUUUCUGAGGUGGCACUUAACCUAUGCCUACUACCUCUUCCUGGCCUUCCUCUACGAUAGCAAGAGGAGGAAGACGGACACCCCCCAGCGCUACGACGCCUUUGUCUCCUACAAUGUUCAUGACGAGGCCUGGGUCUACCAGGAGCUGGUCCCGGUACUGGAGGGUCAGCAGGGCUGGAAACUCUGUUUGCACCACAGAGACUUUGAGCCAGGAAUGCCCAUCUUUGAAAACAUCACAGAGGCCAUCUACAACAGCAGGAAGACCAUCUCAGUGAUCAGCCGACACUACCUGCAGAGCGAGUGGUGCUCCAGGGAGAUCCAGAUAGCGAGCUUCCGUCUGUUCAGUGAGCACAAGGAUGUGUUGAUCAUGGUGUUUCUGGAGGACAUCCCGUUUCGGCAUCUGUCCACGUACCACCAAAUGAGAUGCCUGGUGAAGAGAUGCACCUACCUGAGCUGGCCGCUGGCCGGUGGCCACUCUGGAGUUUUCUGGCAGAACAUUUGUCGAGCUCUGGAGAGAGCUGAAAGCCCCGACGAGCAUGCACCCCUCCUCACUGGACACCAGAGCUUUAUUUAGUGAAGUCGAAUUCAAGUUAGACCCCACAGAUGUACGAUUAAACAGCAACAUCAUGAUCUAGAAGCAAGCUAGCAAUUCCUAUCGUCACAGCUAAUAGUAGCUCUACCUAGCCUAUCAGCUGACAGUAGCACUUCCUAUCCUCUGAGCUAAUAGUAACUCUUACUGGCCACCUACCUUCCCAGCUAAUAGUAGCUCUACCUAGCCUAUCAGCUGACAGUAGCACUUCCUAUCCUCUGAGCUAAUAGUAACUCUUACUGGCCACCUAGCUUCCCAGCAAAUGGUAGCUCUUCCUAUCUCCCAUUUAAUACUAACCCUUCCUAACCUCUCAGCUAACAGUAGCUCUUGCUAGCCUGCUAGCUCUCAGUUAAUAGUAGUUCUUCCUAGUCCACUAGCCUCAAAGCUAACAGUAGCUGUGAGGCUAGUGGUAGAAGUUCUUUGAUGUUGGGAUCCAGUUAUUCUGAAGCUUGACAAUUAGUGGUGACACCUUUUCUGUGUAAUAAAUCUGUCUGUAUAAAGUUAAUGGAAAGAAAAAAAUUAUGACAAUAUCCAUCAAGAAGUGUAACAUAUACAGUAUGUUUUCUUAACAUGUGCAUUAAACUAACAACAC